AUGUGUGAUCAUAAUGACUUCUCCCGGGUUGUAGCGCUGCUGAAGCGGCUCUACACUCAGGUGCAGGGCUUAGAGGAUUAUAUCCACACUGUACACUUCACUGAUGGAACCGAACCUGCUCUACUGCAACCGUCUGAUCCAAUCAGAUUCACUUCUCUCAUCCGGGGACUCAUAGUGUGUACAGAUACACCUGCACCACCUACAUCCAGCUCUGUACAGCUGGGCACUCUGCCCGAGGUUCUAGCGUUCGUCUUGAACCGUAUGAAGAUGAAGAAGAAGAGGAACGUCCUCAGUUUCGGCUAUCGCUCCAUCUCCAGCCGUGCCGACUUGGACUCCUUCAAGUUCCAUGGCACCGUUUCUCAGAGCGCCGCCUUCAUCAGCGGCAGCGAGGCGUGGGCCAAAAUCAACCAGCGACUGGGCACGGACCUCACUCAGCACCUUCUGAGUCAGUGUAGCGUGUUCACUGUUGCGCCCCCUACCUGUCUAGUCCAGUUAUGCGGAGUUCCUGUGUAUGAUCUACUUGUGGUCCACACCUGGUCCGGGUUCUUCCUUGACUCGGGUCUCAAAUCCGAAAAGAAUCAGAGAAUCGCCGUGAGCAAGACAAGGCAGAACAAAGACCGAGGUGUGGAGGGUGGGAAGAAACGAAAACGAGAGGAAGUGGAGAGGGUUCAUCCUGCCAAACAGAGGCGCUUGGACGUCACAGGGCAGGAGAAACAUUCAGGAACUUUAGAUGUUGUGAAGGACAAAGCAAAUCCACAAAGUUCUGAGGGUGCUGUACCUGAUCGACUAAGCUCCCCCCACAAGCAAGGCAUCUCCAGUUGGAAACCGAGUGACCAACCCCCAUCUCAUCCCUCUCACUGCUUUAUCAGCGUGCUCAGCAUGAUGUACGGUGGCCGUGGUAUGAAGGGCUUCCUACUGAACCGGAACCUUCAGGGACCGACUCAAGGGUCCGACCUCGUAAGGAAGGUUUUCCGUCUCCCAGAUGAUGCCUGCAAUCCAAAUAAGCGCAAGUUACCCCAGCGAUUCUUCACCAUGGUUCCCGUCUUCACCCGGCUCCUGGAGCGUCACAGGAAAUGUCGCUACACUCACUUCCUGUCUCAGAAGUGUGCCUCAGGCGGCGCCACCGGAAGCACCGCAUCUCUUCUGGCCUCCCACUGCUCGUCCUAUAGGGUGUACCUGUUCGUACGGGAGUGCCUACGGUUCGUCGUUCCAGAGGAACUCUGGGGUUCCAGGGACAACAUGUUGCGCUUCCUGUCGAGUGUUAAGCACUUCCUGCGUCUAGGGAAGUUUGAGAAGGUCUCUCUGGGUCAAGUGAUGUGGAGGAUGAAAGUGAGCGACUGCGUCUGGCUCGGGAAUAAAAAACGUUCUUGUCCCAGUGAGCGGCGCUACAGAGAGUGGAUCUUUGCUCAGUUCCUGCUCUGGAUGCUGAACGACUUUGUCGUCGGUUUGGUCAAAGCCUGUUUUUAUGUCACCGAAAGCGUCGGCCAUAAACACGCGUUGAGGUUCUACAGACGUCACAUCUGGACCAAACUACAAGACCUGGCUUUCAGGGAGCAUCUGUCGAAGGGUCAGUGGAAGGAGCUGACCCCUACAGAGGUGGCAUCACUGCCAAAAAACUCGGUCACGUCCCGCAUUCGAUUCAUCCCAAAAACUAACGGCAUGCGGCCAAUCACACGCUCGAUCAGCACCGGAGCUGCUCUGCAGUUCCAGAGUUCGGUACGAGACCUCCAGAACGUCCUGAGUGUGUGUGUCCGAGAGCGUCCGACUCUGCUGGGGUCCACCGUGUGGGGACGGCAGGACAUCUACCGAGUGCUGAGAUCCAUCACACACUCCCACACUCCACUCUACUUUGUGAAGGUGGACGUGAGCGGGGCGUACGACAGUCUCCCUCACUCCAAGCUUCUGGAGGUGGUGUAUGAUGUUCUUAAGCCGAUGGAGGAGAACCGAUUCUCCCUGAGACACUAUGCUAGAGUGUGUAUGGACUCAUCACAAACCAUCAGGAAGCACUUCUGCACCAAGGCUGAAGCCUUUGAGCUGUUGAACAUGAAGGGCUUCGUGAUGGAGGAGCAGAACCUGGGGAAGCUCCAUGACUCUCUUCUGGUGGAGAAGCUCUCGGUGGAGGUGAAGGGUUCAGACGUGUUUCAGUUCUUCAGGGAGAUGCUCAACAGUUACGUCAUUCACUACGGUCAGAAGGUGUUCCGGCAGGUGUGUGGUGUUCCUCAGGGUUCGGCCGUCUCCACCAUGCUGUGUAACCUGUGUUAUGGACACAUGGAGAACCGAGUGCUGCAGAAUGUCACCGAGAAAGGAGGGUGUCUGAUGAGGUUGGUAGAUGAUUUCCUGCUCAUCACUCCCAGGCUGAGUAAAGCUAUGCACUUCCUCAAGACGUUGAUGGCGGGGGUUCCUGAGUACGGCUGUGUGAUUAACCCUCAGAAGGUGGCGGUGAACUUCCCGGUGGGUGAGGAGUUGGAGGUUCCGGAGAUGAGUGAGUUUCCGGGGCACUGCUUGUUCCCCUGGUGUGGAUUACUGAUCGAUACGUGCUCACUCCACGUCUACAACGAUUACUCUGGAUAUGCCGGCCAAUCACUGCGUUACAGCCUGACACUUGGCUCCACCCACUCACCGGCCAUGUUCAUGAGGAACAAGCUGCUGAUGAUCCUCAGGCUGAAGUGUGACGCCAUCCUUCUGGACCUUCGUUUGAACUCUAUUGAAGCAGUCUACACAAACAUCUACAAGAUCCUUCUGCUCCAGGCCAUGAGGUUUCACGUGUGUGUGAGGAGUUUACCAUUAGGACAGGGUGUCUGGACCAACCCUGGCUUUUUUCUGAAGAUCAUCUGGAGCAUGGUAAAGAUCAUCAACAAGAACAUCAGCCAUAGUAAUCCAGGCGUGGCGGCUGAGACGUUGCAGCGUGAGGCCCUCGAGCUCCUGUGCUGUCUGGCUUUCGAGGCGGUCCUGAGACGCCACGGCCCCGCCUAUCAGCGCCUCCUCCGUCCCAUCCACAAACGUAAGAGGCGUCUACUGAGCGCGCUCCGUGGCUUCCGGCUGGCCAGGGUGUUCCAGGCGGCCACGCCCAGAGUUCCUCCGGAUUUCAGAAGCAUACGCACCUGAACCUGCCCCGCCCCCCACCUCAGACAUACAUUCACUUAUAUGGCGAAGUUACUCCAACAGUUUAGGGAAGACCGUCGUUCCAGAUCUUUGCUCUCGCUGUGGUUCGGUGGAGUCCCAGACUGAUGUGCUGCUUGUUAACGUCUUGUUCAGUAGGUUUACACUAUAUGGCUAAGUUGCUCCAACAGUUUAGGGAAGGCUGUCGUUCCUGCUCUGUAUAUUCCGUUUGGAGAUGAUAACUCUUGUCCCAGACUGAUGUGCUGCUUGUUAACGUCUUGUGCUGAUGUUUGGAUUCUUCAGUGCUGGGCGUGUCCAGCUUAAUUAAACCUGAUUAUUAAUUGCA